UCCAUUUUGUGUGGAGGAUCUGACUGACUUCGUUAUUUCCGUGUUUCGGAGAAGGCAGCGGGGAGUUAUGGCUCUGUUAGCCGAGUGUGGCUAAACUUUUUUUUGUUGUUUUUAAUUAAGUAAAACUAAUGUGCUGCGUUAUCUUAGUUAAGUGUUGUUGUAGCCGUUUGCAUGCAGCUGGACUGCGCUGACAGUAAAAAGCUAACCACAGCUAGCUUUAGCCAAACGUCGACAUAAGCUAACUUUAGCCGGCUAACUUCAGAGAGGCUUUUUUGUUUGUUUGUGGUGUUAAAUUGCAUCGUCUUACAGAGUUCACUGCUUUCACUGCUUCUGGCUAAGUGCUGCUGCCAGGGAUUGACACAAGCUGCACUUUAUGUCGUUUUGGAGACUCGAACCAGGAUUCUGAGUCUGGGAGUCUUCUUGGGUCCUCCCAGCUGUGACAGAGAAGUCACUGGGUUUUACUCUGUACACAGAGUUGCCUACAGUGGGUCACAAUGCCUAUUCCUCCCCCUCCGCCUCCUCCUCCUGGUCCCCCGCCUCCCCCCACAUUCAGCCAGGCAAACACCACUCCACCAAAGCUGAGCGCCUCAGAGUCUAAAGGCAGAGGAGCUCUGCUCUCCGACAUCUGCAAAGGAGCCAAACUCAAGAAGGUCACUGUGGUCAGUGACAGGAGUGCGCCCAUUAUAGAGAAAUCUGGAGGAGGUGGAGGCGGUGGACAUGGAGGUGGGGCUCCAGGACCAAUAGGAGGCCUUUUCCAGGGAGGUUUGCCAAAAUUACGUCCAGUUGGAGAUGGAUCGGCAGGUGGCUCAGUGGGCAGAUCCGCCCUGCGGCCCCCUAUGUCGCGGCCUGCAGUGCCGCAGCCCCCCACAGGCCGGUCCCCCUCACCCUCAUUGCAAGAGAACCAGCGCAGCGAACGCCCUUCGCUCCCUGAUAUCUCUCGCCCCCCCAGCAGCAGCUCGUCCUCAGGCGGCGGGAUGAAGCACAGUACCUCUGCACCACCUCCUCCUCCGCCAUUCAGCAGAGGCAAUCGUGGCAAUGCUUCCUCCAACACCAACCAGAAAGCCCCUGCUCCACCUCCCUCAUCCUCCUCACACAGCCGAGAAAAGCCGCUUCCUCCACCGCCAAGCAGAGGCCCUGCCCCUCUGGCCUCCACGAAGCUGUCUUCCUCUUCUAGCAGACCACCCGCCAGCGGCUCCUCUGCUCCACCUCCUCCCCCACCGUACAGGCCUCACACUUCAGUCGGCGUCUCCAACGGACCAUCUGAUGUAGACGGUGCUCCGGAGCUUCCUCAGAGGCACAACUCUCUCACCAAAAAACACACAUCCGGAGCAAGCCAAGGACGCAGCCAUGCUCCGCCCCCUCCACCUUCAUCAUCUCCAUCCUUCCAGCAGGUUGGCAGGCCGCCACCUCCUGCUCGAGAGCCACCAGGUCGCCGCACAGCUCCUCAGGUGCCCUCUUCUGGGUCUCGUAACGGCAGUCGGGACGCCCCUCCUCCCCCACCGCCGUACCGCGUCCAGAGCACUGUGACCGCCUCAGAGACCCACAGCCGGGUGGAAAAACCACUCCCACCUUCCUCCAUAUCAUUAUCCUCCUCCCGCACACCAGCCGGACCCCCUCCACCGCCCCCACCCAUUCGGAACGGUCAUCUCUCCUCCAGGUCCAUCAUGGAUGACUUUGAAUCAAAGUACAGCUUUCAUCCCAUUGAAGACCUCCCACCUCCAGAGGAGUACCGGCAUUUCAACAAGAUCUACCCCAGUAAAAACAAGGCCACAAUCAGAGGAGCUCCUCCAGCGCCGCCGGUGGGGAGGUGAAGUGACCUCGGCUCAGGACUCGAACACUCUGCCCACCUCGUUUGAAUUGUUUAAACGGCAAACGCACUACACCCACAAAAACUCCGCUAACACCGACGCAGCACAGCGGCGAGUGCCGCGUAAACCCACACAAAGCGCUUUCCACCUCGCUCACCUUCUGUCUUCACACGAGACGACAAAACCACUUUGAAGCGACAAACCGGACUGGACACGGAGCCGCAGUGGUUCACUUUGUUCCAACUUACCAGGACCAAAGUUCAGGAAACAACAUAAAUGUGUUCAUUCCACUUUUUUAAUGUGUUUUCUCAAUAAUAAGGGUGGUGAUUUUUCUCGUUUAUGUGUGUUUUGGUAUCGGGAUUAAUUUGUGGUGUCAUCGGGGAUCAAUCAUCAAACUUUACAAUUGAAAACAAGUUGUUUAGAGGACUCGGCGGGUGGCGACUUGUGCUGUCGCUGAGGCUUCUGGGAAUGUGGGACUUGCUCUUUUUUUUUUUUUUUUUUGGCUCUUCCAGUUAUGCCAGGUAAAUGUAAGCUUGAACAAACUUUUCUUUCACAACGUGCCAAAAUUAGAGUGGAACGAACCAUGCAGAAAAAGACGGUGAAACCACGCAGAGGAUUUUUGUUUUUGUUUGAAAUUUCUGUUGCAGAAAUGGAAAAGUGAAAAUUUAUCAGAAAAUGCUUUUUCUGACAUCCAGAAUGGCACCAGUGUCAAAAUAUUUGCCUGAAUAUUUUGUAAAUUGCAAGAACUAAGACAUUAAAAUGGUGUGAUUUUAGUUUUAUUAUCCAUUUCCCAAAGCAGCAAAGGAAAAUGCGCCUUUCAGAGUCACAACUGAUGGGGGAAUUUACCCCCCCCCCCCCCCCCCCAACAAAAAAAAAACUUUUUCACUUUUUCUGAUUCAAACAUGUUCUUUCUUGUGAAGUUGCACGGCACUUUAAUCCCUCACACCGUGCACAGCUGUGUUUCCUCUGUGCACGAUGGCCAUCGACAUCCAGAUCACAAGAAAAAUCUGGAUUAUAAUUUUUUUUAAUUAUUAUUGUAAUCUUGAAGCAUCCUGGUCCUGCUGGUUAAAAACAAAUGUAUCUUUUUAAAACAUCGAGCUGUUUGAAAGGUGUGUGUGUGUGUGUGUGUGUGUAUGGUUAAAUUAUUCAGUUUUGAGCGGACCAAGAAAUAGACCAUAAAGCUGCAGAGCCAAAACCAUUUAAAAGGGUUUAAAAUUUCACCUGACGAUCCAGAUUUCUGUACUUUCAGUCUGACUCAGAGCAGUUAUACUUUUAAUAUCUCUUUAAAAUAUAUUUUGUCUGGUUGGAAUUCUACUGAGAUCUGAAUCAAGGUGUUGGAAUUUAAAUUUGUUCCAUUCUGAUGGUUGCUUCUUGUUGUGACUACUUUGGUUGCUUUUUGUCACGAUGCAACGUAAAACACGAUGUCUCAGCAAUAGCUUAAAUUUUAGAAAUUGCGGUUUAAAGUACUUCAAAAUCACAGAUUAAAAACUAUGGUAUUAACCUGAAAAAUAUAAAUUGAGCUUGACUAAACCAUCUUAUGUUGGGGCCGCUGGGGUGCAAAACAUGUGGACAGCCGCUAAGUGCCUGUGUUGUAUCUGGUCAAACAGAGAAGGAACAAAGUGUCAUGUUUCAGACGGGACACCUGAAAUUUUGACUUUGUGUCAAAGAUGCGCCGGUUGUUUUCCGUUGUUUAGCUCGAGUCAUCAUUGAGACUGUAAAAAUGGAAUUGAUUUGUCAUAAGGGAACAUUUGUCACUUUUUGUGUUGAACUUUUCUAGAAGCUGAUUCUGUUUCUGUAAUUUUCCAUUUGCUGCUCCAUAUAGAAACUAGUGAAAAAGAUACUUUUUAGAUCGCUAUGCAAAGAGCCGUUUAAACAGAAUGUAGUUAAUAUCUUUUAAAAAAAACACGCAAGUGCCAUAAGACUUUGAGGUUGUUAUUUCUUUAAGAACCUCCAAACUGAACUUUAAAACACUGAAUAAUAAUAGUAAUUACAUCAUGUUAAUACAAAGCAGGAAAAUCAAGGAAAUGAUUUGACUUUAAAUUCAUUUUCUUUGAUGCAGCGCCUCCUGCUGGUCUUUGCCUUACACUAAAUCCUACCUUGGUACCAGUGGAUUUUCUUUUUGUUUCUCCCUCUUUGGGAGAAAGAGAUGAUAGUAAACAAACAGAUCUAUUUUAAACUGCAAUAAAUAUUUUAUGUGUACGUUAAGUACAAGGAAUAUAGUAAUCAUAGUUAUUGAUCUAUUUGAUGUAAAAAGGUUGUAAUAUAGGAAAGAGAAAUGAUUAUUACGGCAGCCUGUCAGUUGGCGAGCUUCGGCACUUCUCCAAACGUUUUUGAGCAUACGGGUGAGCUGUGAGCUUUUCUCCACAUCAUGAGAAAAUUAUUUUCUAAAGAUGAAAGAAUCGGAUCCCUGUGUGCACGCGGUGACUGGUCACGUCUGAUGUUCACGCCACGUGCAAAAUCCCUGUGGUAGUAUCAUGUUAAUCUGUUUUUAAUCUGAAAUAAUUUCAAAUAAAUUUCUGUGGGGAAAAGAGUAC